AGCCGGGGGAACUUUCAGCUACCGCAUGUUUCUCUUUUGAAUUGCUGCUGUUCCUGUUGCAAAUGAUUCAGAGUUUGCUAAGCAUUGUUGAUUUUAGAUUCCCAUGGUAGAAAAGGUUCACUUUGCGAAUGAUUGCGUGCCAGCAGCCCCUACCUUGUUAGGCCACAAAAGGCCUUUUCAACUUUUGAUUCAACUUUGACUCUUGCAUGCAUGUUCCCAUUGUUCUGUUACAUUAGGACAGCAGAAGAUUCAGAAACACAAGAAGCUCCUCUCAAGCACAGGUAGAGUGCAGAGACUGUCCACUCUCCCACUCUACCCUACUCCAUGCACGAGAUGGCCAGUCAAAGGCUCCUGCUCCUCCUGGCACUACUCCUCCUGACGAUGCUCGCGGCGGUGGUCGCCGGAGAAGGCGACGGCGUGUCUGCAACCGGCACGGACGGAGCGAAUGCCACCACCGGCGCGGGGCCACCCGCCGGCGGGACGCUCGACGUGCGGGCGAGGAAGUGGUGGCGGUUCCCGGCGACGGAAGGCCUCGUCACGGGCAGCGAGCGGAGGGUGCCCAACUCGUCGGACCCCCUCCACAACCGCUGAUGCCAUUGGUGCACGCAUUCCCUCGUGCUGCUUCGACUUCUGCUGGUAGUUACUUCUGGUCUGAUGCUUUUAGGCUGCAGAAUGUGGCUUAGUGUUCAGGGUUCAGAGAAUUGAAUUGCUUAUACAAGUAAAUGUAGCUGAUUUUGGUUUGGCUGGUUUGCCAGCUCGAGAGCUUGUAAUCACAAAUUCAUCGGCAGUUUGAACCAUGUGUAUAUAAGUUUCCUUCGAUUUGUCUAUGGUUGAAUCAUCUGAAGUGAGUGCAGUUCGUAGAGGAGUUCAGGAUGAUUGA